GUUUACAGGACUAUUCGGGGCCGUAGCACCGACUUUUGACUCAUAAAUCACUAGGAGUGUCUCCGCGUGCAUAAGUUUUUCUGGCCCAGAUCAUCUAACAUGGCCUCCCACUGGCCUCCUCCUGGCCACUUUGCGCUGCUGUACUUCGCAGCAGCCUCGGAAUUUACUAGGAGGAGCGUGGAGAAUAUACCCGCACCCAUCCAUGCGACAGGCCUCUUCGGUGUCAUUGAACAGAGAUAUCCUGGUAUAACAGACAAGGUGCUGAGCAGUUGUGCGGUCACUGUGAAUCUGCAAUACGUCGAUCUAGACGGUGAUGACGCGGCGGACAAAGAUCUGAUUAUCCAAGAGGGCGACGAAGUCGCCAUCAUCCCGCCCGUGAGCUCGGGCUGAGGUUCUGUCUCGUUGUGUAAAACCGAUAGGCCAGCCUACACGACGAAGUCAUGCUGUAUGCAGCCGAUUGCUGUGUUAAGUGAUGGUACUAGGAACCUGGCCUGCUUUCAAGGAGUCUCAUCAGGAGUUUGUGUUGAGUGUGGUCUCCCGGGACCUUCCGCCUGGUUGUUCAGUCUAUUGUUUUCUCUG